AUGAUAUUUUUGGUAGGCUUUUUUGGGAGUUGUUUUGCUUUGUGGGCUUUCAACCGGAAAGACAACAGCCAGAAAUGUACAAAUGUAUACCUCAUAAACCUGCUGGUGGCAGAUCUGCUACUGACUUUGGCUUUGCCAUUUAAGAUUGUUGUUGACUUGGGACUGGCUUCCUGGAAGUUGAAAAUCUUUCACUGCCAAGUAACAGCAUGUAUGAUUUACAUCAACAUGUAUAUAUCUAUAAUAUUCCUGGGAUUUGUUAGCAUGGAUCGGUGUCUACAGACUAUACAGAGUGCAAAACUGUACCAAAUACAAAAAAGAGGAUUUGCCACAAUGCUAUCAGUAGUUGUUUGGGCUUUGGUGCUGUGCAUUAUGCUACCAAACAUGCUGAUCCCUAUAAGAGACAUUCCUGAACAGGAGGGUGUUGGAUGCAUUGACUUUAAACAGAAGAUUGGAAAAGACUGGCAUGUGCUCUCCAAUUUUAUCAGCAUUGCUAUAUUUUUGAACUGUUCCUGUAUAAUCUUGAUCUCUAAUUGUAUUACUAUUAAUAGGCUUUAUAAAAAUAAGGACUGUGAGGAAUUUGACAAUAUCAAAGCAGCCCUUGUGAAAAUUUUUCUAAUAACAGCUGGGUACAUCAUAUGUUUCCUUCCCUACCACAUCGUCCGAAUUCCAUACACGUUAAGUCAAAAUGAUGUCAUCACAGACUGCAGCCUGAAACAAGUCCUUUUCCAUGCAAAAGAAUCUACACUGUUGCUGUCCAUUUCCAAUCUUUGCUUUGAUCCUAUUGUAUACUUUUUUUUCUCCAAAUCUUUUAGAACUAAAGUAACCAAAACAUUUUCUGUAAAGAAAGAGGUUAAAAUUGUGGCUGGUGAAGACACAAUAACAGAAACAGCAGCCUAG